GUCGCCCGUUAACAAUUGGAUGCCAAGCCUCGGCUCGACUAACACCUCUUGAUCCCCUCAAAUCCGGGGAAGCAACCACCGCCCUCCCAAAUAGGAAAUGUCCCAAAGACGUUCGAUCAAUGUAAGUGACGUGAUGGGCGAGUUCGUGUAUAUAAGUUCGACAUGCCUUUGUUGAAAUGAAGUAGGAUUUGGGCUCCCCAGUUGACUCUUUCGGUCUUCUCUCCUCCUACAAAGGCAACUGUCAAGAUGCGUCAAGGCCACUUCCUCUCCAUCCUCUCCCUGCUCGCCACCGGCGUGUCGGCAGCCCCCGGCAAAGGCAAGGUCCCCAAGGGCUUUGUCACUGCUGAGGGUGACCACUUCAAGCUCGACGGAAAGGACUUCUACUUUGCUGGUAGCAAUGCCUACUACUUCCCUUUCAACGACAAAUCCGACGUCGAAGCAGGCAUGAAAGCCGCCCGCGCCGCCGGCCUCACCGUCUUCCGCACCUGGGGCUUCAACGACAAAAACCGCACUUACAUCCCCUCCGGUCUGCCUCAAUACGGCGGCGAAGGCGCCGGCGCCACCGAGACCGUUUUCCAGUGGUGGGACAACGGCAAGCAAACCAUCGACGUCUCGCCCUUCGACAAUGUCGUUGACUCCGCCUCCAAAACCGGCAUCAAGCUCAUCGUCGCUCUGACCAACAACUGGGCCGAUUACGGCGGCAUGGACGUCUACACCGUCAACCUGGGCGGCAAGUACCACGACGACUUUUACACGCAGCCCAAGAUCAAGGCCGCGUUUAAGAAGUACGUGAAAGCCAUGGUGACGAGGUAUCGCGACUCGCCGGCGAUUAUGGGGUGGGAGUUGGCGAAUGAGCCGAGAUGUGGCGCCGAUGGGACGAGGAAUUUGCCCAGGAGCGAGAAUUGUACGACGGAGACGUUGACGAAGUGGAUUGAUGAGAUGAGCAUGUACGUGAAGAGUUUGGAUGGGAAUCACUUGGUUACGUGGGGUGGUGAAGGUGGGUUUAACAGGCAGAGUGAUGAUGAUGGGUUUUAUAAUGGGUGGGAUGGAGGGGAUUUCGAUAAGGAGUUGGGGUUGAGGAAUGUGGACUUUGGGACGCUGCAUUUGUAUCCUGAUUGGUGGUCCAAGAGCGUCGAGUGGUCCAACCAAUGGAUCCGCGACCACGCCGCCUCGGGCCGCGCCGUCAAGAAGCCCGUCGUGCUCGAGGAGUACGGGUGGAUGACCGACAAGGGCCGUCUAGACCAGCUCGGCCAGGUCAAGAACGAGACCAGGCUCGAGGUCAUUGGCGGCUGGCAGAAGAUUGCCGUCCAGGAGAAGCUGGCGGGCGACAUGUACUGGCAGUUUGGCUAUGGCGGGUACUCGUAUGGACGCAAUCAUGAUGAUUCGUUCACCAUCUACUUGGAGGAUGACGAGGCCAAGGAGCUGGUGUAUAAGCAUGCCAAGGUGGUGCAGAAGUUGAAUGAGUGGAGGCACUAGGUGGAUGAUUGAGAUGAGGAGUAGUUCCAAUCUCUGGGAGGAAUGAUCCUUCCGUUUCUUUUUCACUUCAUCCCUUAUCGCAGUUGCAUUCACAAUAUGUGUUGAGCGGUCAUGCCUGGGAAGGAACGCGGUGUACAUGAAGCCAAGCCCAGGCUGACGACGUGUGGUUGGCGACGAUCAAUCCGCUGGCGUCGGAAUAAGCGCAAAUCCAUCAACACCAAGAAGCCAAGAGGUUACAAAUAAGGUGUUUGUACAAUCUUCCAACGCGGGAGAUCACUUGUCAUUGCGGC